AUUUUUUUUUGUAAUGGAAGGAAAUAUUAUCCAUGCAUAACAAUUAUAAUUGAAUUUUUUUCUUCAUUUCAAUGUGCGUUAAAAAGAAAAUUAUUAUUCUGGUAUAAUCUUUGGAAUCUGGUGAACGCGUUAUUCUUAAAUUGUAUUUAAAAAUUAAAGUUAAAAUUUUUUUUUAAUGUAGUAAUAAUAAAGAAGUCAUUUGGGUAUUAUUAAAGGGACACAAUCACAGUACACACACAUACCCAAUACACUUUUCCUGAUUGAUUUUUUUUUCCAGCCACUUGAGAAAACGGAACAGGUAGAAUAUAAAAUGAUACUGGUUUAACAUAUUUACAUCAAAUGCAGAAUCAAUAUCAUCUUUUAAAGACUAAACAAACCUGUCAUAUUCAACAUAUAAACCUAUUUGUAUUGAGACUUGAUUUACAGUCUCGAACAUGCACAAGAUCAUCAUCAUUUAAAGUCCAUUUUCCAUGAUGAAUUUGCAUUCUAAUUAAACUUGGUCAAAUUUACAAAGGAGUUUCGUGAAUCUUCAGAUAUCAACAAGAACGAGAAAAAUAUAGUGUUGUGUGAGGAGAAAAAUUAUGGAAAAUGAAUUAUAUGAAAACAAAUCUAAAUUUAAUUCACUGUCUAACAGUAUUGAUUUUCCUGAUUUGAUGCUGAAAAAGAUAAGGAAAUCAUCAUACCAUUGCGAUAUCUGUAAAAAGUCAUUCUCUAAGAAGGGUAAUCUAACUACUCACAAGCGUAUUCAUACAGGCGAAAAGCCAUAUAAUUGUGAUAUCUGUGGUAAAUCAUUCUCUGAAGGCAGUAAUUUAACUAAGCACAAACGCAUUCAUACAGGAGAGAAACCAUAUCAUUGUGAUAUCUGUGGUAAAUCUUUCUUUCAAAGAGGUCACUUAAGUACUCACACACUCAUUCAUACAGGAGAGAAGCCAUACCCCUGUGAUAUCUGUGGUAAGUCAUUCUCUGGAAAAGGAGAUUUAACUAAACACAAGCGCAUCCAUACAGGGGAAAAGCCAUAUCACUGUGAUAUCUGUGGCAAAUCAUUUACUGCAAGAAGUAACUUAAAUACACACAAACAUAUUCAUACUGGAGAAAAACCAUAUCACUGUGAUAUCUGUGAUAUAUCUUUCUCUCGUGGAAGUACUUUAACUGUACACAACCGACAUAUUCAUACAAGAGAGCAGCCAUAUUGCUGUGAUAUAUGUGGUAAAUCAUUCUCUGAAACAAGUCACUUAACUAGACAUAUACGUAUUCAUACAGGAGAGAAACCGUAUGACUGUGAUAUUUGUGGUAAAUCAUUUUCUGCAAGGAGUAACUUAACUACUCACAGACAUAUUCAUACCGGAGAGAAACCAUAUCACUGUGAUAUCUGUGGUAUAUCUUUUUCUCAGACAAGUCAUUUAAAUACUCACAAACAUACUCACACUGGAGAGAAACCAUAUCAAUGUGAUAUUUGUGAUAAGUCAUUCUCUCAGACAAGUCAUUUAACUAUUCACAAACGUAUUCAUACAGGAGAGAAGCCAUACCAGUGUAAUAUCUGUGGUAAAUCAUUCUCUCAAAAUAGUGAUGUAACUAAACACAAACGCAUUCACACAGGAGAAACUCUUUAUCAUUGUAACAUCUGUGGUAUACCGUUCUCUCACACUGCUGAAUUAACCAAACACAAACGCAUUCACAGUGAAGAAAGACCAUAUUAUAGUGAUAUCUGUGGUAAAUUAUUCACUGUAAGCAGUAAGCUGACUAAACACAGUCACAAUCACACAGGAGAGAAGCCAUAUCACUGUGAUAUUUGUGGUAGAUCAUUCUCUCUAACAAGUCACUUAACUGCUCACAAGCGUAUCCAUACAGGAGAAAAACCAUUUCAGUGUGAUAUCUGUGGUCGGUCAUUUUCUCAGACUGGUAACUUAACUAGACACAAGUAUACUCAUACAACUGAAAAAACAUAUGACUGAUGUCUGUAGUCAAUCAUUUCUUCUAAAAUGCUGCUUAACUAUAUGUCUGUGUAUUCAUUUCCAAGAGUAACGGGAUGAAUGUCAAAGUUUAUAAAAGGACAUCUAUAAAACUUUUACACAAAAUACUGGAAAGACCUAACUGUGAUAACAACAUCCCAGCACUAUUUAUAACCACAAUAUCUACAUUAUGACAUAAGAAAAGACAUUACUGACUUUGUAUAAUAGAUAAUUGAGAAUUCUCAAAAACCUGUGAUAAUAUUGUACAAUUUAUCUUACAAAUAGAAACAUAAACCAUAAAGGAUAAUAUUUUAUUGCAUUGUAAGAAGUUAUAUAUAUGAUGCUUAAUAUAUUCUGGAUCUUGUAUACAUCCAUUUUUGUAGCUUAUAUAUAUAUAUAUAUUUUGGUGCGAAAUUUAAUGGUCUCACAUGAAGGGAAUGAUUUGUUUAUCAGGAAGAUUUAUACAAUUUUUUUUUUUUAUUUAUUUAUAAUCUGAUUUCUUCAUGAUUUGAUGAUUAAACUGAAUGUUCAUUUGCAAGUGACAGUGUAACUUCAUUCAAUUUAAUGUAAAUGCUAUGUGUCAUAAUUUGCAAAUUAUUAUUUAACAUCCAUGUUCCUUACUGACAUGGAUUGGAUGAUUUGGCAGCUUAUGAUGUGUUCAAGGACUGCAUCAUACUCUACUGUCUAUUUUGGCAUGGUUUUUAUGUCCUUCCUAACACCAACUGUGAAGGCGCAAUGGCCCACUGGUUAGGGCAGCGUACUCACGGUUGGAGGAUUGCGGUUUCGAUUCCCAGACCGGGCGUUGUGUGUGUUUAUUGAGCGAAAACACCUAAAGCUCCACGAGGCUCCGGCAGGGGAUGGUGGCGAACCCUGCUGUACUCUUUCACCACAAUUUUCUCUCACUCUUACUUCCUGUUUCUGUUGUGCCUGUAAUUCAAAGAGUCAGCCUUGUCAGCCUUGUCACACUGUGUCACACUGAAUAUCCCCAAGAACUAUGUUAAGGGUACACGUGUCUGUGGAGUGCUCAGCCACUUGCACGUCAAUUUCAUGAGCAGGCUGUUCCAUUGAUCGGAUCAACUGGAACCUUCAACAUCGUAAGCGACAGAGUGCCAACAACAACAACACCAACUACUUUACAGUGUGAAAUUGGGUGGUUCGUGCUACCAUCACUUGUGAGAAUGCAGUUGUCAAGUUUUGUAAUUUGCUUAGCACAGGUAUAGGAACAAGGAUCAAAUAGCCAUAAACUGCAAAUUUCUAUUUCGUUGUUGCAGAGGCAUAACCAACAACAGAACAUAUGAGAAGGGGUAACAACAUCAACUAUAAUCUUGUGUGUCUCUGUUUAAUUUAAUCAACUGUAUCUUCGUUUUUUUUAAUUGCAAUAUAUAGAAAAAAAUGGACAAAUUCACAUUAAACUUGUGCAUGUUAUGUGACUGGCUGUUUUUAAUUAUCUAAGCAAAUGCUAUACAUUUGUUAUAUAUUGAUUAGACGUUCAAUACAUAACACUCACCACCUCAAUAAAAAAGUUGAUUCGUUGGGUUGCAGCUGGUACACAAUGGUUUUGUGAGGAAAUCCACUUCUCUUUUUUAUAAUAUUACUAGCAGAUAUACCUGGUAUUGCUUGAGAUUGAAAUGGCACAGUUUUUUAUUCUUUUACUUGUUUCCACUCAUAAGGCUUUGGUCAGCCCGAGGCUAUAGAGUACACUUGCCCAAGGUACCACACAGUGGGACUGAACCAUGUGGUUGGUAGACAAGCUACUUACUACACAGCCACAUAUAUAUAUAUAUACAUACAUAUAUACACACAUAUAUACAUACAGACUUAGUCUGCUGUGAUCAAUCUACAAACAAACAUAUAUAACAUGUAAGGGUAUAUUUUUUUACCCUCUAAAGAAAUUAUGCUCAGAAAUAUGAAUUUAAUCAUCAUCAUCAUCAUUUAACUGGCAUCAGCAACAUUCGGAUGGUGCUUUUUGUGUUUAUAAUUGAAACACCUGUAAGGGAUAAUGAUAAUUUAUUGCUGAUAAUAAACACUUAUUA